CUUGCGCACAUCCCGUCAGUCCGUCAAAAUGUUACUUGAAAACUUGAAAAUAUUUACAUACUUAGGUAUGUAGUAUUAUUCUUUUUUAUAAUAAAAGUGCGGUGUUGUGCCAUAACCUUAUCAUGCCUUGAUACGUGAAAAUAUUGCGUCAAAACCUGAGAUACGUAAUCGAAGGCGCGUUAGAAGUCAAUAGAACUCGUUCGAGAUGUGGAAUCGCUCGAAGGUGCUGUGCAACAGAUACAGAAUACAGAAGAACCUGUUUUCCAACAAUCCUAAGGUAUUAAUAUCGAAAUCCGCAGCGUCCGAAGAUUCCAAUAAUGUUCUUCCUAAAGAAGCACGUGUUGUUAUAUGCGGUGGAGGAGUCAUGGGAGGUGCCGUGGCGUAUCAUUUGUCUCUAGUGGGACUGGGACCUCAGACUGUUCUUGUUGAAAGUAGCAGACUAGGAGGUGGAACGACGUGGCAUACGUCCGGAUUAGUGGGAGCCUUCAAGCCCAGUCUGGCACAAGUGAAACUUGCGCAGGACAGUAUCGCUCUGUACAAGGAGUUGGAGAAGAAAGGCCUGUCCACGGGCUGGAAACAAUGUGGCAGUCUUUCUUUAGCGAGAACAAGAGAUCGUAUGACCGCGUUCAGACGAAUGAAAGCGCAAUCUGUGUCGCGUGAUAUCGAGUGUUAUUUGGUCUCACCAGAGGAAGUUCAAGAGAUAUGUCCGCUGUUACAUGUUGACGAUCUGGUCGGAGGAUUGUGGAUACCGGGAGAUGGUGUGGGUGAUCCUUAUCAGAUUUGCAUGACGUUGAUUCGAGAGGCGGAGAAAAAUGGUGUAACGGUUUUUGAAAACUGCGCUGUUACGAAAGUUAUUACUCAAAACGGCAGAGUGAAAGCCGCGGAAACGACGUGCGGCACCAUCGAGUGCCAACAUUUUGUAAAUUGCGCUGGGUUUUGGGCGCGAAAUGUAGGUAAACUCAGCGAACCGUACGUAAAGGUACCUCUUCAUCCAGUGGAACAUUAUUACCUGCACACUCAACCUAUUGCUAAUUUAAAUCCAAUGACACCUGUUAUACGUGAUCUGGACGGAUACGUUUAUUUUCGCGAGAACGACGGACGAUUGCUCGCCGGCGGUUUCGAGCCGGUCGCAAAACCAGCGUUUGAAGAUGGCGUAAUUCCCGAAAGUACGGACAAGCGAUUUUUGCCGGAAGAUUGGGAUCACUUUCACAUAUUGUUGGAGCAAAUGUUGCACAGAAUUCCGAGUCUGGGAAACGCGGUACUGGAGAGACUCUGCAACGGGCCCGAAGCUUUUUCUCCGGAUUGCAGAUGGAUCGUGGGAGAAGCUCCGGAAAUACGUAAUUAUUACAUCGCGGCUGGAAUGAAAACGGUCGGAAUAUCCGCUGCGGGCGGGGUCGGACGCGCGACCGCGGAACUGAUCAUUAACGACUCGACUUCGCUGGAUAUGUACGAAUUGGACGUCUCGCGCUUUCUCGGUCUGCACAACAAUCGCAAAUUUUUACGCGAUCGCGUGCGAGAGGUGCCGGGGAUGCAUUACGCUCUGCAGUAUCCGCAUCUCGAAUUCAAAACCGGAAGGAAUCUGAGAAUGUCGCCGAUUUAUCCGAAGCUCAGAGAGGCGGGCGCCGUCUUUGGCCAGGUCAUGGGCUAUGAGAGACCGUCCUGGUUUCAACCGGACGAUGAUUGUGAUUUAGAAUUUCCCGACGGUUUCCAAAGAUAUAAAAUAGCUUACACGAACACCUUCGAUAAACCUCCUUGGUUCGACGCAGUCGCGCAAGAAUAUGCCGCUUGUAGAGAGGCAAUCGGUUUGAGUGACUAUUCGUCUUUCACGAAGAUCGACUUGUGGUCAAACGACACAGAAGUCGUAGAUUUACUGCAGUAUUUAUGCUCAAACGACGUAGAUGUACCUGUGGGAAGUAUUAUCCACACCGGUAUGCAGAAUCAUCGCGGCGGAUACGAGAACGAUUGUAGUUUAGCGCGAAUCGCACCGAAUCAUUACAUGAUGAUUGCUCCGACUAUUCAACAAACACGGUGUAAGAACUGGAUUCACCGGCAUUUGCCAGCGGACGGUUCCGUCGCUGUGUCCGAUGUCACGUCGGCUUACACCGCGAUUUGUAUAAUGGGACCAGCUACCAGACAACUGUUGACCGAAUUGACAGAUAUAGAUCUAAAUCCAAAGAAUUUCCCGUUCUUCACGUUCAAGGAGUUGGACGUCGGACUCGCCAACGGCAUUCGCACAAUGAAUUUGACACACACCGGAGAACUUGGAUACGUCUUGUACAUUCCAAACGAGUUCGCGUUGCACGUGUACACGAGACUGAUAGACGCCGGAGCUAAGUACGGGAUGAAACACGCGGGUUAUUACGCAACGAGAGCUUUGCGCGUUGAAAAGUUCUACGCAUUUUGGGGACAAGAUCUGGACACUUUUACCACCCCUUUGGAAUGCGGAAGAUCGUGGAGAGUGAAAUUCGAUAAGGGAGUCGACUUUAUUGGCAGAGACGCGCUUCUGAAGCAGCGCGAACAGGGCGUGAAACGCAAAUACGUGCAGUUGCUGCUGAACGAUCACGAUCUCGAGUUCGACACUUGGUGCUGGGGCGGCGAGCCGAUCUAUCGAAACGGGAAGUAUUGCGGAAUGACAACGACAACCGGUUACGGAUACACAUUUAAGAAACAGGUGUGUCUUGGAUUUGUGCAAAAUCUCGACUCGAAAGGUCAGCCGCAAGAAGUGACGAACGAGUACGUGUUGUCGGGCCAUUACGAAGUUGACGUCGCGGGCAUCAUGUAUCCCGCGAAGUGUCACCUACACAGUCCGAACUUGCCGACCAAAUUUCCCGACAAAGAAAGAGACGCUUACCACGCUACGCGCGAUCAGCAAACUUUGUGAAUUUCCCUUUCGUUCAAUUUCAAAUGUGUAAAAAAAAACAAAAAAAACGAAGUGUAUAUUACGUUACGUAGAUAUAGAAUGAGAGUGAUUCAAUAAAACUUUUUAAAUGUA